GUGGGCAACCAGAACUUGGACAACCUGCGGGGCUUCGUGUUGGCGCCGCUAGUGAUCUACCUGUUCAUCGGCACCAUGUUUCUUUUGGCUGGAUUCGUGUCGCUGUUCAGGAUCAGAAGUGUCAUUAAGCAGGGUGGCACUAAAACGGACAAACUCGAGAAGCUGAUGAUCCGGAUCGGGAUCUUCACGGUGCUCUACACGGUUCCUGCGACCAUCAUCGUGGCGUGUUACUUCUACGAGCAGCAUAACAGACAGAGUUGGGAGAUCACUCAUAACUGUUCGUGUUUAUUGGAGCAGGAGGUCAAGAGGCCGGACUAUGCUGUGUUCAUGCUCAAAUACUUCAUGUGCCUUCUGGUGGGCAUCACC